CCCGGAGGAUAAAGAUGGCAAUGUCUCUCAUCCGAGCGUGCCGCAGUCUGGCUCUCUCAACAUGGCUGCUCUCCUUUUGUUUCGUGCAUCUGCUCUGCCUGGACUUCACCGUGGCCGAGAAGGAGGAAUGGUACACCGCCUUCGUGAACAUCACCUACGCCGAGCCCGGGGCGGGUUCGGAGCCCGGGGCCGCGGCGCCCGGCGGCGGCUCGGAGCUGCACACGGAGAAGAGCGAGUGCGGACGCUACGGGGAGCACUCGCCCAAGCAGGACGCGCGCGGGGAGGUGGUCAUGGCCAACUCGGCCCACGACCGCCUCGCCUGCGACCCCAACACCAAGUUCGCCGCGCCCACGCACGGCAAGAACUGGAUAGCCCUCAUCCCCAAGGGCAACUGCACGUACCGGGAUAAGAUCCGGAACGCCUUCCUGCAGAACGCCUCGGCCGUGGUCAUCUUCAACGUGGGCUCCAACACCAACGAGACCAUCACCAUGCCCCACGCGGGUGUGGAAGACAUCGUAGCCAUCAUGAUUCCCGAGCCCAAGGGGAAGGAGCUAGUGGGUCUGCUGGAAAGAAACAUCACCGUGAGCAUGCACAUCACCAUCGGAACCCGCAACCUGCAGAAGUACGUGAGCCGCACGUCGGUGGUAUUCGUGUCCAUCUCUUUCAUCGUGCUCAUGAUCAUCUCGCUCGCCUGGCUCGUCUUCUAUUACAUCCAGAGGUUCCGCUACGCAAAUGCCAGGGACAGGAACCAGCGCCGACUGGGUGAUGCUGCAAAGAAAGCCAUUAGCAAGCUCCAGGUCAGGACCCUCAGGAAAGGCGACAAGGAAACAGAGGCUGAUUUUGACAACUGUGCAGUUUGCAUCGAAGGGUACAAGCCCAACGAUGUGGUGAGGAUCCUCCCUUGCCGGCAUCUUUUCCACAAGUCCUGUGUUGACCCCUGGCUUCUAGACCAUCGCACCUGCCCCAUGUGCAAGAUGAACAUUCUUAAAGCCCUAGGGAUCCCGCCCAACGCCGACUGCAUGGACGAUUUACCCACCGACUUCGAGGGCUCCAUAGGGGGCCCGCCCACCAACCAGAUCACAGGUGCCAGCGAUACAACAGUAAAUGAAAGCUCCGUCACUUUGGACCCUGCUGUCCGGAUGGUCGGGGCCUUACAGGUGGUUCAGGACACAGACCCCACACCCCAGGAAGGAGAAGCCAUCUUUACUACUAACAGUGAACGAGAGCCAGCUGUGAGCAGCGAUUCCGACAUCUCACUGAUCAUGGCAAUGGAGGUGGGACUCUCUGAUGUAGAACUUUCCACGGACCAAGACUGUGAAGAGGUGAAAUCUUGAAAUGGUGGAUGGAUACAGACAAAAGAAACCAUAGGAGGAUCCCAGGGGAUGGACGCGGGUGCUUCAAGACUUGUACUGGGCGCACACAGACCUUCAGAUCACCGUGGCAACUCCAUUCAAGGAUGGUAACGAAAGCAGUAUCCAAAGUCUCCGACUGACAUCAGGACGUGGGUUCCACAUCUCUGCAACAGCCUGUGACCCUGGCAGCUUGGAAGUUGAAAUCUGUUUUCCGUUCAUGUUCUUGUAGACAUAUAUGUCAGAAGCUCCUCCAACUGGGCCAGAGGAAACCUUCAGGCUUCCUUGGGCUCGUUUCAACUUCCCCAGGUCUUACCGUUUUUGUUGGAGGACUGUUUCAUUUCCUUGGCGAUUUCUUUUUAAAGACGAUGCGCAGUUUACACCCACUCCUUGUUUCUCCUUUGGCUCACUCCAGCUCUUGGAAGAGCUCUGUUCAGAAGCACCAGGUGAUGCUGGGAAGACCAGUGUCACUCUGUCUGCGAGAUGUGUGGUCUUCCCCUCUCAGCAUGCACUGUGCAUGGCUUUGAGCAGCGCCUCGGGAUCCCGAAACAGAAUAAGGCCAUCUUUCUUGAAUGAUCUAAACUCUUCCUCUAAGUGGGGCUUGGAAAUCCCAACUGCUAGAGACCUCCAAGUUGUAAAUCUGCUGAGGCCAGGACUCCAUAUUUUAAGGUACAUCACGUUGGUUUUCUCUUGCCCAGCUCUGUGUAGGGUGACCAUGGUGUGGGAAGAGAGGGCCAGGAAAAGAAAGACUUCGGGUCAUCUGGACUUUAGGGUCUCAGUGGGAAGUUGUGAACUCGGAAGUCGCCUGUAGGGCAUGAAUGCCGAUCUUCAGAACUUGUGUCUGGAACUGCAAGCCUGGUUUUUCAACCUGAUGCCACAUCUUCUCAUGGGAGGGAAGAUGCCUGUUGCCCUGCUUUCUUGGAGGUUAGAGUCGCCUCCACAAGUGGCUUCUGCACAUGGAGACUGUAGGAAAGAUUCGAUCAUAUUUUGAGACCAGUGUCAGCCAGCUUUCAUCUCCCUUCUUUCCUGAAUCAUGCUGUCCAAUUUCUCUAGACCACAUGGGAUGGUUCAAAUAAAUCCGUAACAGUUUGCAUAGCAGAGCUCCCUGACAGCUCCCGGAAGACAGGAGAGGAAUGACAUGUGACUUCUAAGUCCCUGGAACCAAAAAAAGUGCAUCAUGAGAAAUUGCUAAGUCAAAUUUCUCCUGAUUGGAAGAGACAAAGAUGAAGGAAAGGAAGAGAAAAUAUCCAAUGAUAUUAGUGAAAAUACCAAAUUCACUUGUGUUUCUAAGCUGUUUCUGUUUUUAUUCUUUUUUGUAACUAUGAUAGAAAUGUGCUAUUUUUCAAGUGGGCACUUUUGUAAUACAUUCAGCCUCUCCAGAGGCAGGGGUGACUAAAGCAGUACCCUGUGUCCCUGGGCAGUCAGGUGGGUCGCCUCGACAUCUCUAAGCAGUUGGCAAGGCGACAAUGCUGGCAGAGACAGAAAGCUUGUUCACUGAGCCCGAUUUACAAAUUUGAUGUGAGCUUUUCCACCUCAUUACAUACUAAGACUUCCUCAAUCACAGUUUGGUUCAGCUGUAAACCCAGGCUGUCUGCUGGAAUUUCCAGUGCAGGUCAAGCGGUUGCUCUUCUGCACCACACUUCAUGAUUUCCUACUUGCUGGCUUCUAAGUAGACAGACAAGGACAAUGAUUACCGCCUUCAGAGAGGCUCACUUCUCUCUAAUAAACAUCCAGCACUUGUGGUAAUGAACUGCAGCUCCCACGCAUGAGAAGGCAGGCAAGGGAGGAGGAGAGAGACCUUUGAGCCAGGAGGCAAGAGUCUGAGAUGCCCUGUACUCUCUUGACGCGUCCCGUUGGCAAAGUGAAGGGCUCAGUAAGAAUUCCCGUGGCUCCUUUUGUCUUUGGGAAUUCCCAUGAUCCCUUUGCCAGUAGGAUCUGUUUUUGUUUUUGUUUUCAGACAGCUAUUUCAUAUAGCAAGUUGACCUUCUAACCAGGGAGCCAGGGUUACUUGACAUGUCAAUUCCACGAGCAGCAUUUGAGGUCGGGAACGCCUAUGUAGCUGAGAACAAAGGUCUAAACAGUCUCAAGUUCAAGUAGGAGUGUGUUUGUUCUGCCUUGCCUCAAAACUGCUGUCAGGCAGAGAGGCGGCAGGGCCUGGAUCCCUUCAAAUCCUAGUUCUCCAUGUGGAAUUCUUAUUAAUCUCAAAGCUGUUUAUUUUUCUCUGUCAGCACGGGCCUGUACCACCUUGCCCCUCUUUCAGUCAGUUAUGCCCCAGAUAAAUUUUGGUAAUAACUUAAGUCUAACUAAAUGAGGAUAAUUCAACAGCAAAAGAAAUACAAAAUCUGUCACAUGCCCAAAGAAGAAAGUGGCCUUUGGAUUAUAUAGUCCUCUGUUUGAUGAGUGUUUUCCUACUAUUACUGGAGUCAAUCCAUAACUGAGUAUUGGUGGUGUAAUGGUGAAGGUUGCUGUCUUCCAUGGAUUGGUUAUACAGGAAAAUCGCUUACAUGAGGUGCCCAGGAGGCCCAUCUAGUAGCUCUGACUCCAAGUAUAUCCUGCUACAAAGCCAGUGAACUUAGGAAAGUCACCACUCACCAAACAGUGCGGAAGGGUUUUCCUAUGGCCUUGACAUACACACAUAUUUAUUUAAAAAAAAAAAAACUUAACCAGACAGUUUCUUUUCCAGAAGAAAUUGCAAAAACUCUUCCCCUAUAGCCGUCAGUGCCACCUCCUCCAAAAAAGAGACUCUGGCCUGAUGACCCAGUGGUCCACACACAAGAGUCCAAGGGUGUGUGACUCAUGAUACGAACCAUAUGUGUAUUACACAUGUACAUCACCAGAGCAAGGACACCGUCCAACAGAAAUAUAAAGCAAGUCAUAUAUAGACAAUAUUUUAAUAUAUACUUUUGUUUCUUGAUACUUACAUUUUAAGAAGUAAAAAGAAACAGGUAAAAGGAAUUCAUAAUAUAUUUUCUUUAACCCAGCAAUAUUGUUGCAACAUGUAUUGUUGUAAAACGUAGUAAGAAAACAUUUUCCAUUUUUGUACUGUUUUCUAAAUCCAUAGUGUCUUUUAUGACCAUGGCACGUCUCAAUUUAUACUUGUCACAUCUCAAGCUUUCAAUAGCCAUAUGUGCCUAGUGGCCACUGACCAGGUGACACAGGCCUAGAGCUGUACCAAUUUUCCCACCAGCCCCUGAUUCUCACAGAAGAAAACCUUAAUUACCUCCAAAGAGAACCAGGCACUACCACUCAGUCUCCUGAGAGGUCCCGAGAUGCAUUUGUUUUGUAAGGAAUGAAGGUUCCAGCAGCUCACUUCAAAAUUCCCACUUGAAACCGGGCAUGAUGGCGCACGCCUUUAAUCCCAGCACUUGGGAGGCAGAGGUAGGAGGAUCGCUGUAUGUUUGAGGUCACCCUGACACUACAUAGUGAAUUCCAGGUCAGCCUGGGCUAGAGUGAAACCCUACCUUGAAAAAAAAGGAAAUUCUCACUUGAACUUCCUAACCACUAGAGCUCAUGAUCACUGAUUGUUACUUCUCUGACCAGUUAGUUGUUGGUUUGGUUUGGUUUGGUUUUAACAAGCCACACUGACCAUGCUAAUUUGGUGCUGAAAGGAAGUUAUGUCUCUUACUUCUAAUGACUAGCCCUUAGACAGAUAUGUGGCAUUCAGGAGCCGAAGAGAAUGUCAUAUUAAAGUCAUCCAACUUCACCUCAUCCCCCAGUUCCUCCUCUUCCUGGUUGCCCAUUCUAUAACCCAUAACCAAGUCAUGGAUAAGACCUGAGUUCUAAUCAUAAACAGCAUAAAAUGUUGAUUAUCUCUGGUGUCUGAUCACACCAAGAAUGGCAGUCGUGGUCAUCCUCUGACCAGAGGACAGGUAGAGUGUGCAAGGCAGGAAAAAUAAAAGCGCCCAGCUAUUUGAACAUUGCAUUGUACCGCUUCUGACUAUAGACACAAAUCUUUGUCCAAAAAGUUCUUUUGCUAUUUCUUUGCUUGCUUUUAAAUUUUUCCCUCAUGUGUCUGGUUGUGAUCCUGUCAGAAAUGACAGUUGCAGCCAGGUAUGGUGGAGCGCACUUUUAAGCCCAGCACUUGGGAGGCAGAGGUAGGAGGAGCACCAUGAGUUCGAGGCCAGCCUGAGAUUACAUAGUGAAUUCCAGGACAGCCUAGGCUAGAAAGAGACCCUACGUCAAAAAAGAAAAGAUUAAAAAAAGAAGAAGAAGAAAGGAAGAACAAAAGGCAGUUCCCUGUAGCUAUUCCAGUUACUAGCCAGGUACCCUUGUGGCUACCAUACUUAAAAAAGCAAAAUGAUAGGAUAGAUAGUCUAGCCUGAGAUUCUUUACUUGUAAGCUUUGUUGAGACAGAAAAUCUUACAGAGAAUAAGAAUUGAAUGGCGUUUAGUUGUCUCUUGAAUGCUGCCUUGUUUCCUGAACACGAGGAAAUCUCACUGCAUGAAGGUUUUUCAGAAAAUCUGGGCCCUAGGGGCCCUUCCUCUACGGACCAGGGCUCCAGCACCCUCUGGCACCAAGGCCACUGAGUCAAUUCCCGGUGACAUUUUUACGUCCUCUUACUUGAGUUUCUUUCCUCCUUAUUUGUGUGUGUCCCUGUGUGUGCUUGACUGCCUAUCUCUUUGUACACACAUACAUACACACACACACACACACACACACACACACACUUUUCCCUAUCUUCUCUUUUUUUCUUUCUAUCUUUAGCUCAUGUUUCCUUAUUUCUUCAUUUUCUCUUCUUGCAAGAAACACUUCAGUAACCUUCAGGACAAAAAUUAUCGGUGGCACUCUAUCUAUAGUUACUGGUACAUUACUGCGACCAUUGUGAAAAGGCAGAGUAAAAUUCUCCCGGUUAGCCUCAUUUUCACACCUUAUAGUGCUAAUUUUAUGACAAACCACCUACAGCUGUUGUCUCCCCACCCUCAUUUUUUUUUUCAGGCUUCCUUAUCAGAACAUUCUCCUACAAAUACUACCAAGGUCAACUCCCAGAAUGCUGGCUAGGUUGGCCAGAACUGAUCAUCGCCCUAACUCCCAUGCCCUCGGGGCCAGGAUUUGUACAUCCUGCGCCUCUCAUCCACUCAAGCUUCUUAAUACCGUUAGCACAAUGAUUUGAUCUCUGGGCGUGAUCUGAGGGCCACUUAACACUGACACAGAGGCACAAAGUCACCGUCCUUCAAAGGUAAAGCUACAUGGCUCCUAGAGCAGCCCUGUGUGCCUCCCAAGGUCCCUUGUCCCCGAGCACAGUCCGUGAGGUUAGUUCGGGGGGGGGGGGGGGGAUGGGGCCAGUACCCUGUGGGAGGUCAAUGGAGAAGACAGAAUCCCUGGUCAGGUAGCUGGUGGAAAUAGGAUGGGAAAAUUUCCCUGAUAAACAGAACGUGGAUCUGCUUCCUGGAGAAAUGCCUGUCCCUUGGGAUUAGAGCUAAUCAGAGGAGGGAGUAAUUAAGGAAUUAAGUAUUCAUGAGGUAAACUAUUCCUAAUGGUGAAGAAGAUUGGGAUACUCUCGGAAAACGAAGUGAAUUCAGAGAAGCAGGCCCAAGUCAGUCUCUCUCUCUCUCUCUCUCUCUCUCUCUCUCUCUCUCUCUCUCAUCAUAACCCAUCUCUUGAUGUCUCUCACUGUUUUUCUCACCACCUUGAAACCCUAGAUGCUUUGCAAUGCAGUGGUAGUCGAAGCCUCAUAGAUCAGUACCCACAUUCUUCCAAUGUCAUCCCAGGACUAAUGCAGUGAGUUUUAGAUCCUAAAUAUGCACAGGUAACAAUUCAGCCCUUGACCUACACCAGCUCCUGGUUCUACAAGAGCCUGCCAAAGGCAGUCACUUCUCCUGGUCUCGUUUUCUUCAAGCAUCAAGUGGCUUUUUCAGGAAGCUCGGAUCUUCUACUUGUCUGCUGCUGUGGAUGCCUGCGUUUACUACACAGCCAUGCCUCUGUGGCCACUUGUUUUCUGAUAAUCAUGAUAAGGCAAGAAUGUACAUCUCUUAAAAGGUCUACACACACACACACACACCGAGAGAGAAGAGAAACUUGAGUAAUACAAAGUUAUUGCUAGGCAGAAGUCUGGGGGUUUACUAUCCUUGUGCCCGGCUUUGGGGAAGCAGAAAUACGUGAGGACCUUGUAUGCUAGAUAAACCAAAGACUGAUCACCAUCCAAAUGAGUCGUGUUUCUUCCAGAGAUUAGCUGAAUUUCGCAAAUUAAAGUGAAGGUGGGUCACCUUAGGGACUUUGAGUUCACAGGCUGUUGAUUGACCUUACUAAAUCCACAAAUCUAAAAUAAAUGAAUUGUGGCCUUAGUAACAUACUGUCUUUAAAUUCUGGCAUUGAAUCUCGUUUUCCUUCAAAACUUUCAGACAGAACUAGCGCUUUAUUCAAUUUGAGAUGUUCUCUCUGAGAAUGUGAAGAUUUUUAAUAGCCAAAGAUUGUUCGUGUGUAAGAGCUAGCUCAUCGUAGUACCUUCUGCUCUUUGAAGAAAAUACCAAAUUGUCACCUGCUCUGAUAGGUAGCUGAUGGACUGCCACUUGGGCUUAGUAGAGCCAGUUUCUCUUGGCAUUCUUGGUACAACUCAGUGGGAUGUUAUUGUAAGGGACAGAGCGCCCCCUGCUGGAGAAAUACCUUGCUUCUUCCAGCAAAGUUCUCAACAACUUGGGUUUUUUGUUUGUUUUGCCUCUCAUUAUGCAAGGUUUUUUGGUUUUUGUUGUAAUCUAUAGUUGAGAAUUUGGUCUACAUUUAUAAAAAGAGGAAAUGAUGUCACGAAUUCUGAAGAAUUGGAGGAGACCUCACAGCCAAUGUCACUGUCAACAACCCUUCCAUAAAAUGUUGGGCUACGCUGCUGCCUCUGGUUGGGAUGUAUGUAUAGAGUUAGAGCCUGCUGGGUCGUAACUUACCGCAACUUUCUUCUUGUGAACUCGCAACCGAAGAUGAAUGAAAGGACUCCUUUUGUACGAAUGUAAAUGGUGUGAAAUCCAGCUGUGUUUUGUAUGUGUACAUAAUAAAAGUUUUCCUUCCUGCUUCCACCUUAUAAUCUGAAAUGUACCAUUUUAUAGUUAGAAAGGAAUUGGAGGGGGGUGGGAGGUGGUGGGGAGGGGCUGUUAUUUUUAUAGUGGGAUGUCCCUUAUAUUUAGAAAAACUUGAAGUAAUUUUGUAUUUGUGAAAAGUUACAUUCCACCCAUUUUCAGAAGGAAAAAAAAACAUAUUGUUCUUUAAAAACACUCACGAGCUAGAAGGAGGCAUUUUCUAAUUUUUCAGGGGAGUCUCCUAAGCAGUGUAUAUGUGACAUCCCAUUAUAGAUUCCAGACCACACCCAACACAGGCUAGUGUAAGAUCACAUGUUGAGGGAAUCCAAUUUAUUUUGAACUUUAUGUGACUCUUCAAAGAAUAAAGUUAUAAUUGUGAAAUAAUCAGAUAGGAUUUGUAAAUCAAUCUCAGCACCCCCUUCCCCCAACCAACAAAAAGAAAAUCCAACGGCUUUGUUUUAUCUCUCUUACAUGAGAAUGUAUUUUAUGGUUAAAAUGAAUGGUGCCAUGGUUAGUAUAUCACUCAGGUUGCCUACAAGGUCUGUGUGGCAAGUUCUUUGGUCAAAGGUCAAAUGUAUGAUGGCCUCAUUACUUCACAAUCAUAUCAUGAUUUUUGACUUCCUUGAUCUAUUUGCUCUCUGACUCAGAAUUACAAAAACUAACUCCCAGGGGUAUUUGCAAGAGGAGCUUUGAAUUUGGAUUCUGGUAAUGUAACAGUGACUUCUCAUGACAUUUUAUGCCAACCUCAUUUCCGAUACAAAGUCACAUGCCUAUUUGAAGUUAAUUUUGGUACAGCCAUGGCUCUUUUGGCUGCAAUCUGUUGCUGUAAACAUCUCUUUCCUUCUUCCCCACCUCAGACACCUACCUUUCUCCAUUUAAGCACUUUAUAUCUCUUAAAAUACAAAGAUUUGGGGCAGAAGGGAGGGGAGGGGAGCCUGUCUUUAAAGGGAUUCGUCUUCUGUUCAGAGACGCUGAUUUUGGCUAUCCUGUGUUGUCUGAUCGCUGUGUGCUUGCAGAGCCUGAGUGAUUUGUCUCAUGCUAGUAGCAUUAGGGGUGACAGUUGGAAACAUUCAUUCACACAUCAUGACUAUUUUUGUUAUAUAAAUGACUAUAAUGUAAAUAUUGCAAUUGUGUUCUUAUGUACCGGUUAAAAAAAUAUAUAUCGCAACUAUAUAGAUUUUAACACAACAAUUGUGAAUUCCAGGAAACUUCACUACAAAAUUUUGUUUUGUUUUGUUUUGUUUUUCAAUAAAAUGGAACCAGA